AUGAAGAUCACAGCAGCGCGAGCCCUCCGAAACGCGGCCAAUGGCUUCCAAAGCCGCGCCUACUCACAAGCCGCCGCCAAGCCCCGGCAUCUCAUGUCCAUCAGCGACCUCAAGCCUUCAGAAUUCUCCGCCCUGGUGCGCAAUGCCGCCGCCCGGAAACAAGACGUCAAGUCUGGCCGAGUGCCGCACCUGAGCAACGGCUUGGCUGGCGAGACGGUGGCCAUGAUGUUCAGCAAGCGAAGCACCAGGACUCGAGUCUCGACCGAGGCUGCGGUCACGAUGCUGGGAGGACACCCCAUGUUUCUCGGCAAGGAUGAUAUUCAGCUUGGUGUAAAUGAGUCGCUAUAUGACACUUCUGUUGUCAUUUCAUCAAUGACAUCUUGUAUGGUCGCUCGAGUCGGUCCUCAUUCUGAUGUCACAGGCCUGGCAGAGCACUCGACCGUGCCUGUGAUCAAUGCCCUCUCAGAUGAUUUCCACCCCUUGCAGACCAUUGCCGACUUUCUCACCAUCUACGAGGCCUUCCCAUCUUCCGUCUCAAGCGACAAUAGCCUCAAUCUCAGUGGCCUCAAGGUUGCAUGGGUCGGUGACUCCAACAACGUGCUGUUUGACCUGGCCAUCGGUUGCGUCAAGACCGGCGUCGAGAUCGCUGUCGCCUCGCCCCAGGGCUACGGAAUCCCCGACCACAUGAGGAAGCUCAUCAACUCAGCUGCUAACGGUGUCAAAUCACCCGGUAAGCUGUCAGAGACGACUGUUCCCGAGGAAGCCAUUAAGAACGCCGAUAUUCUUGUUACCGACACCUGGAUCUCAAUGGGACAGGAAGCUGAGAAGCAGAAGAGGCUCAAGGCUUUCGCCGGAUAUCAGAUCACUAACGAACUGGCAACUCGAGGCGGUGCCAAUGAUAAUUGGAAGUUCAUGCACUGCCUGCCUCGACACCCCGAAGAAGUUGCGGAUGAGGUGUUCUACAGCCCGAGGUCUCUUGUCUUCCCCGAGGCGGAGAAUCGACUCUGGGCAGCCGUUGCGGCAUUAGAAGGCUUCGUUGUAAACAAGGGUGUUCUCGAGUAA